CGCCUCGGGUGGCUACAGGUUAGGGCUGAAUCUGUCAGGGUGAGAAGCUAAGCUCGAGGCGGGGCGAGCUCGGAGCGCGGCUAGGGCCUGAGGCCCGGAGCGGGACAUGGCGGCGCUCUACGCCUGCACCAAAUGCCACCAGCGCUUCCCCUUCGAGGCGCUGUCCCAGGGGCAGCAGCUGUGCAAGGAGUGUCGUAUUGCCCAUCCUAUGGUUAAAUGCACCUACUGUCGGACUGAAUUCCAGCAGGAAAGUAAGACCAAUACGAUAUGCAAGAAAUGUGCUCAGAAUGUAAAGUUGUAUGGAACACCCAAGCCUUGUCAGUAUUGCAACAUCAUUGCAGCAUUUAUUGGCAAUAAAUGUCAGCGCUGUACAAACUCAGAGAAGAAGUAUGGACCACCAUACUCUUGUGAACAGUGCAAACAACAGUGUGCCUUUGACAGGAAAGAUGACAGGAAGAAGGUGGAUGGAAAGUUGCUAUGUUGGCUGUGUACGUUAUCGUACAAGCGAGUCCUACAGAAAACCAGAGAGCAGCGGAAGCACCUGAGCAGCUCUUCCAGAGCAGGCCACCAAGAGAAGGAGCAGUACAGCCGGCUGAGCGCCGGGAGCCAUUUUAACAGCCAAAAAACACUGUCUACAUCUUCAAUUCAGAAUGAAAUUCCAAAGAAGAAACCUAAGUUUGAUGCUAUCACAGCUAAUGGAGACAGCGUUCCUUCCUCUUACGAGCUGCUUUGUCCUAAUAUCCAGAGUGCCCCGUCCGUGUUGGUGCAGUGGGCUGCUUCCCAACAGAGUCUUGGUGCCAACCAUUAUCCUGUUCCUCCAGGCACUGGCAUCCUGAACUUUUCACCAGAUUUGGCCCUGGACUCUCCAGGCACUGAUCACUUUGUCAUCAUGGCCCAACUCAAGGAGGAAGUGGCCACGCUGAAGAAGAUGCUUCAUCAGAAGGACCAGAUGAUCCUGGAAAAAGAGAAGAAGAUUACUGAAUUGAAAGCUGAUCUGCAGUACCAGGAGUCUCAGAUGAGAGCCAAGAUGAAUCAGAUGGAGAAGACCCACAAAGAAGUAACAGAGCAGUUACAGGCCAAAAACCGAGAGCUUUUGAAGCAAGCAGCAGCUUUGUCAAAGGGCAAAAAGUCUGAGAAGUCGGGAGCAAUGACUUCUCCGUGAAAAAUGGCCUGGGAACUUUUUGAGCAGCAGCAACAUGGAGUCUUGGGCUAGCCUGGAGGCACGGCUAUGCUGGGAUCUGCAAGCUUCCCUGGGAAUCUCCUUUUUGUGACAGUCAUCCCUCUUUAUACUCUGGCUAUGGGCAGGGUGGAAAUACCUGGUGUGUUGCAUUAGGAUCGCAUGCUGGUGGGUGUCAUGGUUAAGUGGAUAUCUCUAUUUUUUUUCUACUGCUUUUUGGUUUUGUUUUGUUUUGUUUUUAUAGUGGUAACUGCUCAUUGGUUUGUGCAGAAGGAAUUAUUUUCCCCACCCCUGCAUCCUGCAAUUCCCAUGAGCAAACAGUUUGGCUUUGGGUAAAUAUUAUCACUGCCACCUUUCCAACUCAGAAGCUGCCACCCUAACAGGACUUAAACACAAUGGAGGUUUCCACUCUCCGUUAAAAUUGCUGCUUCGGGGGAUACUUUUUUUUUCCCAGUAUUCUGUGAACUUUGUACUAUAUAUAGACAGAAGUUUAUUUAUUUAAAAAAACAAAAACCGAAAUCCUUUUUCUUGAGAAAGGGAAAUACUCAGACCACCUAGUUCUCUUUGUGACAAAGCUGUGAUAACUAUUGGAAAAACCACCCCAAUCUCCAUUUAGGCUACAGAAAAGGAUGCCAGUUUCAUCUGGUUUAAUGCCUAGUUGUUAUAUAAUGUUGAUGGUUAAGGUGAAUGAAACAGUCAGAUUCAGAAGUGUGGCAUUAGGUGCUUUUUUUUUUUUUUAGGACCCCUUGAGAAAAGGGCAUCUAAGGAGAAGUUUUGGGAGGGAACAGGGAUUUCAAAAGUCUGUCUCUUUAGAUAAUGGCAGAAAGUUUUGUCCAGGUUGUACUGGACAUCCUCACUUUCCUAAUCAUUUUAUGUAAUUAAUUUUGAACUCUUUCACACUGCCACUUAUUUGCUUUUUAAAUCCCUUUCUUUCCCAACACCAGUUGUCAGAUCACAUCAUUGCCAAGGAACAUUCUGAAUUGGAAAAGCUGCAAAUAGUGCAUGUCUUCAAAUGAGACAAGCAUCUCAGGAUGGGCUAUUUGAGUCAUAAGGAAGCACUGAGAGAGGGAGAGAGAGAGAGAGAGAGAGAGAGAGUAAGUGUGUGUGUGUGUGUGUGUGUGUGUGUGUGUGAGAGAGAGAGAGAGACACAUACCAUCCUCAAGUUUUGAUGGAAAUAAAAUGGAAAGAUGUGUUUCUUAGAUGUAGUCCAUCCUCGGUAUGUUGUCCAAGAUAACUCAAUGACUUAUCUUCAGUAGGUAAUGCACUUUGGGUUAUUUUGUUCCAUAGUGGGGAUGGAUUUGUAGUUUCAUUUGCAUACUGUUAAUAGGGCCCACCUUUGUUACCUUUGAAAGAAAGCUGCCUGGGAUUAAGGUUUGCAGUAUGGGCCAUGAAACAUGGUAAGUAACUGUAGGUUACCCAUCACCUUGGCCUCAUCAAUCCAUCAACCAUCAACAGAAUUAAUCAGAUGCCAGGCCAGAAUUUGAAGUAAGAACAAUGGAGGGGGGGUGUGGGGGUGUGUGUGGAUGUGUGUGUGUGUGUGUGUGUGUGUGUGUGUGUGUGUGUGCGCGCCGCACUCACAAGAGAUGAAUGAGUCCUAGCUACCACAAUUAUAGAUGUGAGUUCAGCCUCCUUGCAUUUCUUAGAAGCAGAGUAUUACAGUUAAGAAUACAGUACACUGGUGGCUUCAUAUUAUAGCUGUUUCCAGGUCUGUUGACAUCUCAGAAAUCUCACAGAUAGAUUAACGAAAUUGGAAAAAACCAGAUCUGGAAGUGGAUCUCUUUGCCUUAUGUAGAAGGAGUAUAAAUAAACUAUGUGUGUUGUCCAUGCGAUGCUGUCAUUUGAAAUGCUAAGUUCCCUUCCAAACAAGGGAGACCAGCAGUACCAGUUAGUUUUGUAUAUUUUUGAGUCAGAACCUUUAAAUAAAGAAGGUCAGACAAUACUUUUCAGGUAUAUUUGCUCUGAGUUUAAAGAAAAGGUUGAAAAAAUGUGACAGAUACUGUUUUUUAAACCUUAAAAAUUGAGAAAUUGUUACAUCAAGUGUGAUACCAUAAAAUGACAAGCUUAGUUUUGUACUAAAUCUUUUUUUAAAAGUCUUGACAUUUAAUAUGAAGCAAAUUCACACAUUUUCUAACUUUCCUUAGAUUUCAAAAGGGAGGGAGGGGGCCCCUGGAUUUGAAAUUUUGGUUUUUAAAAUCAUGAUGCUGUUUUAUCAUGAAAUUGAAUAGGUGACUUUUAGUAACACCAUUGUUUCUUUGUAUGUUUGUAAUAAUGGAAAUUCCAAAAUGCAGGAAUGUUUUGGUUUGUAUAGACUUUGACAGAAGUAAGAGUGUAAAAAUUCAUAUUGACUGAAAUACAGUUUUUUUUCUAUUCA